AUGGCUCUUCUGAAAUUGUAUUUUUACUCAUUAACAGCUCUGCUGGCCGUAAAUUUAAUUUUAGCGGACAAUUCCAACGAAACUGAACAACAGGAAAAGGCUAGUUUGUUUCCUGGCAAUUUUAACCCACUCGACUUCUUCGGUCAGUUUUUACCAUUCUUCGGUAACCGACAAACUAGAGAUGUGAGUAAUCAGAAAGACCAGGAAGGCCAAGAAAACCAGGAAACCACCAGCGAAAGUUCCAAUCAACGAUUGACUGUUUCUAGUGCUAUAGUGACUUGUAACUACACAGAAACACCUGGCUUGUCCUGCGUGGGCUGUUAUCAAGCGCUGUCAUGCGGCUCAGGCAACAUUGGCAGACAGAGGCGUUGCUUGCUGUACUGCAACAGUGGUAGAUGUUCGCUCGUCCCUGGAGCACAAUGCUUAAACGCUACAGCUGCUGGCUAA